GAUCUCUUCUUUCCUCGACAAUUCUCUCUCCGAGAUGGCUCGCAUCGGGAAACCAACCGCCAGAGACUCAACAACCGUAAAGGUCGAUGAAACAACCGCGUCUUGCGCGAUUUGUUGCUUGGCCAAGAAUAGAGAGUUCACUCCAGUGGACAUCAUGCCUGGAGGCUCGAUGAAGAUCAUGAGAGAGACGCCUACGUCGGCGAUUGUAAGGUUCAAAGCGGGGAGUGUAGAACCAGCGCAUCACCACACAUUCGGCCAUGACCUUUUAGUCAUCAAGGGGAAGAAGACUGUGUGGAAUCUAAGCAAGAAGGAGAGAGCUGAUCUCGUUGACGCCGAUUACCUAUUCACUCCGGCAGGUGAUGUUCACCGAGUCAAGUAUCAUGAAGACACUGAGUUCUUUAUCACUUGGGAUGGCCAUUGGGACAUUUUCCUUGACGAAGACCUCGAAACUGCAAAGAAAGCCAUCGAAGAAGAAGCUUAAAGGUGAAAAUCUUUGCCUCUGUUGUUGUGUUCCAAUGUGUAACCUUUGUGUUCUCUCUUGUUUCGAAUGUUGUAACUUUGUAAGAAUGUUUGUUUUCAAAAGAUUUGUGUCAUAAUACAAAUGCUUCUCUUAUGAACACGAUAUAAAGAAGGGUUACUACAUA